AAGAUCGAAACUGUUGAGGAAGAUGACAAACAACCAGAAACCACGAUCACAGUUGAAGAAACCCCUGUUGAAGAAGCAGCUGAGGAAGUUAAAGAAAUGCCCAAAGAUGUGCGUGUGGUUGAGACCAUCGCCGAAGACGAUAAACCAAAGAAGAAGAAGAUCCGCACAAAAGUAAUCAAAAAAGGCAAUGGUGAUAAGCAAGAAGUCACGGAUAUAGAAACUGUUGAGGAGGAUGACAAACAACCAGAAACCACAGUCACAGUUGAAGAAACGCCUGUAGAGGAAGUACCUCAGGAAGUUAGAGAAAUGCCCGAAGAGGUGCGUGUGAUCGAAACUAUCUCUGAAGACGGUAAACCAAAGAAGAAGAAGAUACGCACACGAGUAAUCAAAAAGGUCAAGGGUGGCAAACAAGAAGUCACAAAGAUCGAAACUGUUGAGGAAGAUAAUAAACAACCGGAAACCACAGUCACAGUUGAAGAGACUCUGAUUGAAGAAGCUCCUGAGGAGGUUAUAGAAAUGCCCGAAGAGGUGCGUGUGGUCGAAACCAUCUCCGAAGACGGUAAACCGAAGAAGAAGAAGAUACGCACUCGUGUUAUUAAGAAGGUCAAGGGUGAUAAGCAAGAAGUCACUAAGAUCGAAACUGUUGAAGAGGAUGAAAAGCAGCCUAAAACUACUAUUAUUGUUGAGGAAACUCCUUUCGAGACCGUUGAAGAAAUGCCCGAAGAGGUGCGUGUGGUUGAGACGAUCUCCGAAGACGGUAAACCAAAGAAGAGGAAGAUACGCACACGUGUAAUUAAGAAAGUACAGGGUGACAAACAAGAAGUCACAAAGAUCGAAACUGUUGAAGAAGAUGACAGACAACCGGAAACCACAGUCACAUUUGAAGAAACACCUGUUGAAGAAGGAACGGAGGAAAUUAGAGAAAUGCCGGAAGAGGUGCGUGUAGUUGAGACCAUUUCCAAAGACGGUAAACUAAGGAAGAAGAAGAUACGUACUCGUGUAAUUAAAAAAGUCAAGGGUGACAAACAGGAAGUCACAAAAAUCGAAACCGUUGAGGAAGAUGACAAACAACCAGAAACCACCGUCACAAUUGAAGAAACACCUGUUGAGGAAGGAACCGAGGAAAUUAGAGAAAUGCCGGAAGAGGUGCGUGUAGUUGAGACCAUCUCCGAAGACGGUAAACCGAAAAAGAAGAAGAUACGCACACGUGUGAUUAAAAAAGUCAAGGGUGAUAAAGAGGAAAUCACCAAGAUCGAAACCAUUGAAGAAGAUGAUAAACAACCAGAAACAACUGUUAGUAUUGAAGAAAAACCGUUUGUCGAAACAAUAUCACAAGCACGUUUAAAGAAAAGAAUUCGUGUGCAGAAACCCACCGAUGAAGUAUCUAUUGUGGAGAUGCCAGAACAAAAAACGAUUGUCAUAUCAGAAAAGGAAGAUGGAACUCCGACAAAAAAAGUAAUUAAAACCAAAAUUAUUAAAAAAAUUGACGGACCAAAAAUGGAGAUUACCAAAGUUGAAACCAUAGAAGAAUUCGAAAAAGUGCCUGUAAUUAAAGUGACUGUACAAGAAUACGAUGAACCCUUCCCGGAGGAGCAGCCGACAAAAGAAACUGUUGUUCCGACACCAUUGCAGGAAUUGCCGGAGGAGAUUAUUGUCUCGGAGAUUAUCGAUAAGAAUAGAAAACCCAAACAAAAAGUAACCAAAACCCGAACAUUUAAGAAAGAAAUAUCGCCAGAACCUGAAUUUUAUCAAAUCCAAACAAUUGAGGAAGAAGGCAAAGAACCCUAUUCGCUUAUACGUGUCGUUAGUGAUGAUAGCAUUGCGGAUAUAAUCGAUAUUAGCCAAUUAGACGAUGAAAAGACACCAAAAGAAAAGACACCGAAACAAAAGAAAACCAAAACACUACACAAAACCAAGGAGGAAAAACCCACACCCGAACACUUAACAACGGAAAAACCAGUUUUCGUUACUACAUUCAAAUCGGUACAAAAUGAAGACGGCGAAACAGUUAUUGAAACAGAAAGUAAGAAAAUAACCGAGGAGGAAGGCAUCGUCAUUGAAGAAGUUCUUAGCGAUACCGAGCCAGUUAUAUAUGAUGAUCAGACCGCCUUAAAGAAUGUUGAAAUUGUAGAAGUCGACGGAUACACAGACCAAGAUAGCAAAGAGUACACAAUAACAGAACCAGAUGAUGUCUUCGAAGACAUUACACAAACACCAGAUACAGAUAAGAAAACGAAACAUAAAAUUAAGAAACAACAGAAAACUACACAUAAACCAUUUGAAAAUAUCGACGAAGCACCCGAAGAAGUGAUUAUAGAGUAUAUGCCUGAAGAGGUCUACGAAGUGGAACGACCGGUUGAAGUGGUUGUGGUCGAAGACGAAGAAAAAGGAAAGAUUGUGGUUGAACCCAAAAUAACAGUGGUUAAAAAGCGUAAAAUUAAAAAGAAGAUCGAUGGUCGUGAACAAGUUAUUGAAGUGGUUACUAAACAAGAAGAAGGUAAGGAAGAAGAGAGUACAGUGGUUGUACAUUCGGAGGAUGACGAGCAACCGGAAGAUAUACAACAUGUUAAAAUUGUUGAAGAUUUGGUUGAUACACCGCAGGCAAAGGUCGAUGAAAAGCCAUCAAUGAAGAAGAAACGUAAGCCGAAGAAGGUGGUGAAAAAGGAUGAUCUGGAUGAAUAUAUACAGUUCCUAAUAGAACAAGAAAUACCUAAAACUGUGCUACAAGAAUAUAAGCGUACGGAAUUGCAACAGCCACAGAAGGCGCGUAGCAAUACAACGGCUGCGCCGAAACCCAUCAAAUUAGUGCCAAUGAAAAUCGAAAGUGUUGAGGUGAAAAAAUCGAAGAGACUUGAAAUUACAUCAGUAGCAGAAUUUCCACAAAUGUUGAAAUUAAAGAAACCGAAACAGAAACCUAAAGAAGAGAAGCCGAAGAAGGAAACAGCAGCUUUUAAAAAUUUCAAAUUGAAAAGCUGGAUUAAUUUCAUACCAUUUGCACCAUAUUGCUUUAAGCCUACUAUAACCGAGUUGGAGCCGAUACGCGGCUGUGGUGAAUUAUCGCGAAAUAUGGACGAAGCAAUUGGUGUUAUUAAAAAGCGACGCGUUAAAGUGAAACACAGCGAGAAACCUGAAAAGGAAUUGGAAACAUUGGAUCUCGAAACAUAUGAGGACACGAAAGUGGAAGAAGAAAGACAACCUGAAAAGGUGGAGAAAUAUAAACGACCAAAGAAAGUGACAAAGGAACAAACUGCUGACGAGCCGAAGAAGCUAAAAUUAGGCAAGGGAAAGGUGCCCGAGAGUUCGAAUGAUAUUGAGCAGAUUACUUUGAAACCAAUAUCAAAGGAUGUAAUCGAAGAUAUUGUUGAAGAAACACCUGAAAAGCCAACCGUAGAGAAACCAAAACGGAAGAAGAGAGGUCGUAAACCGGGCGUUGGUGAUACUUCCAUACAAUUCGAACCACAAGAUUUUGAUGAAGUGGAAUCUGGUGAAGAACAGAUUUCAGAGGGAACGGACACCUCACAACCGGAAAUUGAUGAAACACAAGAUAAACCUAGAUAUACACGCAAGAAGAAGACAACACCGCAACCAGAGACAAUACAAUAUCCUAUCAAACCGCAACAACCAAAGGAAACGGAAUAUACUGCACAACCGGAAUUGAAAUUGCGUAAACCACAGGGUGAUAAACUUGAUGUUGAGGAAGAAGGUAUUAAGCUGAAGCCAUACCAUAAAAUUGAAAUACUCGAAUUCGCACCAGAGGACGUUGAACAGCCGGACGCACCGGAGGCCCCGAUAGUGAUUAAGAAACGUACAAAGAAAAUUCGUAAAAUUAAACAAGAAACUCCUGCUGAGGAAAACAUAAUAGAAAUCAUUGAAAUACCAGCGGUGAAUGUAGAAGAUCAACCAACAUAUGAAGUUACGGUAACGACAACAGAUAUCAGUGAAUCCACUGAAAAGCGCGUAAAACCUAAAACAUUGAAAAAGAAACGUGUCAAGUUAAUGAAGGAGGAUGAACUCGACGACUUCAUCGCCGAUUUGACGGAAGCGCCAGAAGAUAAGAUUUAUGAUUUCAAUACGGUGGACUUCUACGAGAUUAAAAUACAAGAACUACAGCCAGAAUUCAUUGAGGAAACUAUUGUAAAGGAUGAUGGCAAAAUUAAAACAGAAAUACGCAAAAAGCGUAAGCUACUACAUAAGAAGGGCGACGAGGAACAAGUGAUCGAAAUUGUCGAAACAGGAGAAACAGGACCCGAUUCAAAGGAAACUGUUUAUGAAGUGCUUGUUGUAGACACCGAAAAAGCGCCGUCCACUGAUUCAACAGCAGAAAAACCGAAAAAGAAAAAAUCGAAGAAGCUGAAGAAGGAUGAACUGGAUGAAUACAUACAAAAACUAAUCAACGCCGAAAUUACCAAAACCGAACUUGAAAAGUAUGAGAAAAUCGAUGUCGACGGCAAACCUAAAAAGCCAAAGAAAACAAAGAAGGUGCCACAAAAAGCGGUGCUUGAAAUACCGGACUCUUUGGAAGUUGACGUUGUAGAGUCUGCACCCAAGGAAGCACCAAAACAGAAAAAAUCAAAAAAGAAAAUAGUGCCUUUGGAAGAACAACCGACAGAAGAAACGGCAGAAGUGCCAGCGGCUGAAUUUUCAGUUGAGAUUAAAGACACUAUGCCCAGCAAAACAGAAAAAGAGGAUAUUGUGAAAGAAGUUAUAACGACAGAAGAACCUCCGACAGUGCCAGAAAAGGCCACAGGUGAUGUGGUAAGCAUUGUAGAAAUCUCUGAAAAUGUUGAAGUUGUCACAAAAGAAGAGCCAAGUGGUGAAAUUAAAGAAGAAACGGUCACAAAACGUAAAUUUAAGAAGAAGAAGGGUGGCAAGAUCUAUACUGUAGAAGUUAUUGAAACUCAGGCCAAGGAUGAGCCUGAAGCCGAAGUAACUAUAAUAACAACAGAAGAUGCCGAGAAAACAGUGACACCACAGCCAGAAACACCAAAACCUGUGCCUAAGAAAACGACUAAGAAAGUCAAAAAGGAAGAACUCAAGGAUUACGUCAUGAAGGUUGUAGAAGAAAUGCCAGAAGAAUUUGCAGUGCAGCCUAAAGAAUAUGAAGAAAUUCCAGAACUAGUUGAAAAAACGGUAGAUGAUGUUUUCUUCAGGACUACUAUAGUAGAGGCGACAGGCGAUGAAAUGGAAAAACCAAUAACUGACGAUAUUUCUCCUGUUAAAGAAGGUGUCGAAGAGAAAAAGAAGAAACCGAAGAAGCCAAAACAAUACAAAAUUACGGAGACACAACCAGGCACUCAAGAGGAAUUACCACAAAAGGUAGGAAUACAAUCUGAAGAGGAAAUCGACAUUAAGGAAACUCUUAUCAUCGAUGACUAUGCCAUCGAUGUACAAGAAAAGGAUGUAAAGAAAAUAAAGAUAGUGAAACGUGUGAAACCGAAAGAAGAGCAAAAAACCGAAGAAUAUGUUGUAAGAAUUGAAGAAUCGCUUCCCGAAGUUACGACCACAGAAAUCGUUGACGAACAAGGAGAGAUUACGAAACAAACAACAACAAAACGCCGCCUCAAAAAGAAAGAAGGUCCCAAAGAGUAUGUUAUAGAAGUAGUGGAAACAUUUGAAGAAAAUAAACCCGACGAAGUUGAGAUUACCGUCUCAACAACAGAAGUCAAACCAAUUGAUUUAAUGGAACCUGCAGUGGAACAAACUAAAGUUACUAAGAUGAAAAAGAAGAAAUCGCCAAAAGACAAUUUCGACGAAUACUUGCAGCAGUUAAUAGAACAGGAAAUAACGAAAACGGAAUUGGAAGAAUUUACCCCAAUCGAAUUUGGUAAAACACCAAAGAAACCUAAAAAGAAAACUAAACAUCACAAGAAAACAGUUGAAGUCGUGGAUGGAGCUGCUGUUACAAUACAUGAAUUCGACGUAGAAGAAAUACCCAGCGAAAAGGAGGAAGAAAUUGAAGAACCAAUCACUGAGGUGGUGGUCGAAGAAAAGCAACCAGCACCGGAAGAUUAUCAAGAUUACAGAAUUGGUGUGACUGACGAACAAGUUGAGCCAAUGAAAUUCGAUGACAUAAUAACGGAAGAACGUCCCACUAAAGUUAAAAAACCAAAGAAACUCAAAACAACAGUAAUUGAAGAAGCUCCUGUUACUUUGGAAGAAAUUGAACAAACCGUUGCAACGGUCAAGGAGACCGAUGAUACUGGUGAAGUCAAAGAAAAAACAAUUACUAAACGUAAAGUCAAACGUAAGAAAGGACCCAAAGAGUUUGUAUUCGAAAUAUCGGAAAUAAGUGAAGGAGCAGAUCAACCUAUAGCCGAAAUAACAAUUGUGCAAAUAGACGAGACUCCUGUAACUGUUGAUGAGGAAAAACCAGCUAAGCCAAUUAAAAAGAUAGUAAAGAAACCAAAACAUGUACCAAAGGAAGAUAUACAGAACUAUUUAGUGAAUGUCAUCGAUGAAUUCUUCGAACGUGAAAUAGUCUCCGAAAAUGAGGAAGAAAUUGUCGAAGCACCAACGGAUUACGUGAAGAAACGCAUUCCUAAACCCAAAAAGCAUAAAGUCAAAGUCACAGAAGAAGAUGUACAGCCAGUUGAGGAUGUACCUGAGGAUCAAGUUGAUUUGGUAGAGGAACACACUGAAACAGUUGAUAAAACGACGGACGAAUACCAGAUUGGUGUUAUCGAAUCGACAGUAUCUGAAAAGCCCACCAAAAAGACUACCAAGAAAAUUAAGAAACAGAAAUCAGAUGUACAAAAACCGGAUGAAGAAUCAUCAGAUUUUAUGGUACACGUCUCAUCGUUUGAAGAAACCACCGAAAAUCUUGAACGUGAGGAACAAGUAACCGAAACUCAACCAGAAGAAACACAACCUGUGGAAGAUUAUAAUAUUGUUGUAGAAGAAAUUGAAACUACAGAAGAUGUACAGGAAAUUGUCGAUGAAGGUGGUGAAAAAGUAAAACAGACAACGAAGAAGCGUAAGAUAAAGAAAACAGUUGGUCCGAAAAAAGAAAUAAUAGAAAUAAUUGAGACACAAUUAGACAACUCACCACUUUCUGAGGUUACCGUAAUAGUGCAAGAGGUAGAAACAGUACCCGAUUCAAAGGAAGAAGAUAAACUACAUAUUAAAAAGCCAAAGAAAACAAGGACGGUUAAAAAAGAUGAUCUUAUGGAAUAUAUCUAUAAACUAAUUGAAGAAGAUAUACCAAAAACUGAAUUGGAGAAAUAUGAGAGAGUCGACUUGGAGGAACCAAUAAAAUUGAAAAAGAAGAAAAAGCCCGAAAAGAAAGUCACUACAAAAGAAGAAGAACCUAUAAAGGAGCAACUUGAAUCUUUUGAAAUCGACGUUACAGAUGCCGUAGAGGUGAAGGCGAAGAAACCAAGAAAGAAACCAUCCAAGGAUGUAGUAGUUAGGGAAGUGGAUGUAUCAUCACCGCAACCAGAUGAAGAAAUGACUGUAACGCUGACUGAAGAAGAUACUCCUGAAAAGCCAAAGAAGAGCAAGAAAUUACCUGUUUCUGUUUCCGAAACCACACCACAGGAAGAUAUCGAUGAAGAAUACAAAAUAGAAAUCAUCGAGGAGACUGUCGAAAAAGAAAAGACGACAGACGAAAGUGGCGAGAUCAAAGAAAAGAUUGUUAAAAAGAAAAAAGUUAAGCAUACAAAGGGACCGGAAGAAGUAGUACUAGACAUUAUUGAAGUACACGAUAAAAGCAAUGAUGAAGCUGAAAUCACGGUCAUAGCUACAACAUCCAGCAAGAAUAAAGACACACCACAAGAGGUACAAGUUAAACAAAAGAAAACUAAGAAAUUAAAGACUAAAGAUGUGCCCGAGUAUAUUGCCAAAAUCGUCGAUGAAAUCCCAGCAGAAAUAUUCGAGGAAUACAAACACGACGAAAUUGAAGAUACUCCAAGAAAACCAGAUAAAAAACCAAAGCAUAAGAUAAAACAAACUGAGGAUGAAGGUGUUAAAGAAGAGGAGAAUGUACAUGAAUUCACUACAAUGGUUGUAGAGGAAGAACCAGUUCAGCCCGACGUAACUGCCUAUGAGAUCACAACAGUUGAAGAGGAGGCUAAACCAAAGAAAAAGAAACCCACUAAAUCGAAAGUAAAAGUAACGGACGAAGGAAAACCUGAAGAGGAGAAACUGGCUGAAGUAACUAUUAAGGAAAGUGAAGUUGAAAAUAUCGAAACAAUACCGGAUUCAACUGAUAAUAUAAAAAUUGUUGAAGCUGAUAAGAUCUCUCCUAAGGAGCAGGAAUAUAUGAUAACAACAACAGAAGAAGAAUUUAAGAAAAAGAAGAAAAAGCCAACCAAACAAAAGGUAAAGGUAAUUGAGGAGGACAAAAUUGCAGACACACCUUCUGAUACAGUUACUGUGCAAGACACGGUACCAAAGGAUACCAUUGAAAAAACUCCACAGGAAGAAGAAAUAAAGAUAACAGAAGAACAACCAAUACCUGAAACUAAAGACUUCGCAGCAACAGUGACGGAAGAACAAACACCAAUAAACAAAAAGAAACCAAUUAAACAGAAAAUUAAAGUUGUUGAGGAGGACAAGCCCGAUGAAAUGCCUUCAGAAUCAAUUGCAGUUCAAGAAACAGUACCAAAAGACAUCAGAGAGGGAAUGCCAUCAGAAGAGAUAAAAAUUACGGAAGAACAACCUGCAUCAGAAACCGAAGACUUCGAAGUAACAGCAACGGAAGAGCAUAAGAAACCAAAGAAAAAGAAACCUACCAAAGAAAAGGUUAAAUAUGUUGAAGAGGAUAAGAUUGAGGAUGUGCCGUCUGAAGUUAUAACGAUUGUUGAGGAUCAACCUAUUUCUGACAUUGAAGAGUUCGAAAUAAAAUCCACUGAAAAACCAACUAAAUCUAAGAAAAAGAAGCCGACUAAAGAAAAGGUUAAAGUUAUUGAGGAAGAUAAGCCCGAGGACGUACCUUCCGAAAAAAUUUCUGUUCAAGAUACACUGCCUGAGGAUGUGAAUGAAGAAAUCUCUGUUGAAGAAAUAACAAUUACCGAAGAACAACCUGUGGACGAUUCCAAAGACUUCGAAGUAACUGUAAAGGAGGAACAAAUAAAAUCCAAGAAGAAGAAACCAACUAAGCAAAAAGUUAAAGUGGUCGAAGAGRAGAAACCUGAGGAUAAACCUUCGGAUAUAGUUACAAUUGAUGAAGGAGUACCUAAACCAGUUGAAGAUAUACCAUCGGAGGAAGUAGGCAUUGUGGAAGAACAGCCAAAAUCCGAAACAGAAGACUACGAAGUAUCACCAACUGAAAAACAAGAUAAACCAAAGAAAAAGAAAACAACUAAACAUAAAGUUAAAGUUGCUGAAGAAGACAAACCUGAGGAUAUUCCUUCUGAAAUAGUUACUGUUGAUGAAGGAGUACCUAAACCAAUUGAGGAAAUACCAUCAGAGGAAUUAAACAUUGUGGAAGAACAACCAACGUCAGAAACUGAAGACUUCGAAGUAUCACCAACUGAAAAACAAGAAACACCAAAGAAAAAGAAAACUGUCAAACAUAAGGUUAAAGUCAUUGAAGAGGACAAACCUGAAGAAACUAAUGUAGACAGUGUCGAUGUUGCAGGCACUGUGAAAGAAGUUAAUGACCUACCAAUUACAGAGGUAGAAGAUUUCGAAGUGACAGUAACAGAAGAACAAACAAAAUCAAAGAAAAAGAAACCCACCAAGCAGAAGGUACAAGGUGAAGAAGAGGUUAAACCUGAAGAUAUUCCUCAAGAACCAGUACAUGUAGAAGAAAUCGAAACUAAAACUGAAGUUAAAGAAAUUGUCGAUGACAAAGGUGACGUGCAAAAACAAGUAGUAACCAAACGAAAAUUAAAGCGUCAACAGGGACCCAGAGAAGAUGUAAUUGAAAUAAUAGAAGUACAAACCGCUGACCAACCCGAGGCAGAGGUAACCAUCAUUGAAACACAACCAGAUAAGGAAGAAGAAACCACUAAACCUAAAGCACAGAAAAAAAAAGUGAAGAAGGUCAAAAAGGAUGAUUUGCAUGAUUACAUACAAAAAUUGAUCGAGGAAGAAAUACCCAAAACAGAAUUGGAAAAGUAUGAAAAAAUCGAAUUUGAAACUACACCAAAGAUUAAAAAGGAAAGCGAAGAAACCGCCGAUGUCACUGUGGAAGAAGAAACACCACAACCAACUACGAAACCAGAGGUGAAGAAAAAGCCUAAACAUAAGAAACCAAAACAAGGUGUUGAAGAACAACCACUAGCCGAAGUACGUAUUGUAGACCAGCCAACGGACGAUAUCGACGAAGCAACAACACAAAUUAAGGUUAUAGAAACAGAAGAACCAAUUCUUGUUACAGAGGAAAUACCAGCUGAAAUUAAAGUCAAAGAGAUAACAGAUCAGAAAGGAGAACCAAUUCAACAAGUCACCACCAAACGUGUACUCAAAAAGAAAGAAAAAGGCAAAAAGGAUGCCACAAUAAAUAUAAUAACUGUACAAGAUGAUAGUAGUCCCGAAGCUAUUGUCAUUAUAAGUGAAGAACCAGAAACAGCGGCCAUAAUCCUCGAAGAAGAACAACCAGAACAAACUGUACAAACCACAGAACAAAAACCAAAGAAACCUAAAAAGACAAUCAAAAAAAUUAAAAAGGAUGAACUAGAUGAAUAUGUGCAGAAAUUGAUUGAAGAAGAAAUACCGAAAGUAGAACUUGAGCAAUUCGAAAAACCAGAUCUGCCAAUAGUAAAGAAACCAACAGAAAAGAAAGAAAUCACUAAACCACAAGACACUGAAGAAGUAGAACAACCAGAAACUCUCCAAGACAUCGAAAAACCAGAAAAACCUAAAAAAUCAAAGAAACUUAUUGAGAAACCCUCAACCACUGAGACCACACAUGUCGAAGAAACACCACUUACAGACAAAACAGACGAGGUAGUUACCGUAGUCGAAGAAAUUACUAAACCCAAAACACGUAAACAGCCCAAACAACAACAAGAACAGCCACAAGAAACACAGUUAGAGGACACAGAACCAACAACAGCAACCACAACAUCGGAUACCACUGAUACAAAACCAAAAACAAUAAAACAUAAGCCAAAAGAACAGAAAAUCACUGAAGAUACAAGAGAAGAAGCGGUGGUGCAUACGGAUUACGAAUUCAGCAUUGUGGAGCAGGAACCAACGAUAAUUGAAGAAGAAGAAGAGGAACGUCCAUUACAGGUGAGGAUCAUCGAAGAAGUGCCCGAGGUAUCGGAUUCCCAUCCGAUUGAAGUGAUACAAGAGGAGCAGCCAGAGGAGGAGGAAGUAGAAGUGCCCACUGUGGGUGAGCCGGAGAAACCUAAAAAGAAAAAGAAAACUGUAAAGAAGAAAAUCGACGAGCAUGAUCUCAUCAUACAAAAACUGUUGGAACAGGAGAUUGAAAAAACCGAACUCGAGAAAUAUGAGAAGUUCGAGUUUGAGAGGCCAGAAAAGGUUAAGGCCGAAUUUGCCAAUAUUGAGCCACAGAAAAUCGUACGCAAAGAGCAGAAACCAACGAAAUUGGUUAUUGUGGAGACAGCAGAGGUGCCACAAUCUAUUAAGUUGAAGCCAACUAAACGCAAGCCAAAGGUAGCCGAAGAACAGAGCGUGCAAUUGCCUAAAUUUAAGCUAAAGAGUCGUAUGGAGGUGGUUACAUAUCCGCCAGAACUAUUGAUACCGAAAAUAACAGAAAUCGGUGCGAUACGAGAAAGUGGUGAACUUUCGCGAAAUAUGGAGGAAGCUGAGGAGGUUUUGAAGUUCAAGCCACGUAAGGUAAAGAAACUGAAACCAAUUAAAGAUGAUCUGGAAAAGCCACAGCUGGAGACAUAUGAAAAAUAUGUGAGUAGUGAGGAGGAAGCAGAAGAACCGACACCUUAUCAGAAACCUGAAAAGGCACCAAAACCAGAAGAAAAGCCACAAGAAGUUAAACUCAAGAUAGGUAAAGGUAAGAAGAAGCCCAUCGCUGAGGAACUGCCUGAAAGUGUAACAUUGAAAAAGACACCUGAGAAACCCAAAGAGGCUGAAGUUGUCGAAGAAGAUGUUACCAAAAAGAAGGAAGUGGCAACAGUUACAGUGGUUGAGGAAACUGCAGAACAGCCCACUUAUGAAUUGCAACCAUUUGAGCCAACCGAUUUUGAACAUCCAGAAUAUGAAAAGGAGGAAAGAGAACCCAUCGAAUUUCCUGAAGAACCGAAACCAAGCAAGAAGGAACCCAAACAAAAGCAUAAGCCUAAACCCAAACCAAAACCUGAGCCAGAAGUAAACAUAACUCAAAUCGUGCCCGGUGUGCCUAAAGAACAAGAAGAGGUACCUGAAGAGGAGGUUAAAUUCCGCAUUCCAGAGAGCAAAGAACCUGAAGAAACAAAGGAAGAAGUCAAACUAAAACCAGUUAAAAAGGAAAAGGUAGUACCAGCAACCGAAGAGGAAGUUAAGGUAGUACCUACCGAAGAGGAAGUUGAAAAAGUGCCUACAAUCGAAUCUGAGGAAAAACUUGAGAAGAAAAAGAAGCCUAAAGCAAAGAAACCACAACAAAAGGAGGAAGAAACUGUUGAAGAGAAACCGGAGGAACAAUUUGAAAUCUCAGUUACCGAGGAACAAGUAAUUGUACCAGAGCAACCAGCUGACGAAAAACCUGCUGAAAUCAAGAUUAAAAAGAAGAAACCUAAAGAGGUACCAGUGGCUGAAGUACAAGUAGUUGAAGAAGUUCCUACAGAAGAAAUCAUAGAAGAAACACCAGUUGAGUAUAAAAUUACAACCACUGUUAUUGAGCCCGAGGAAGCUCCAGAAGAGCAUAAAGUACGUGUUAUUGAUUACGAUCAAAAGGAGGUUACUGUAGAAGAAGUGGUGGAAGAAAGGGUGGUUACACGCAAGAAGAAGCCAAAACCACAAAAGCCGGAAGAAUAUGAGCACACGGUUACGGAACCCAAAGUAGAGGAAGUUCCAGCAGUGGAGGAAGUAAUUGCAACUCAGCCUGAACAGCCAGAAGAGGAAAUUAUUGAAGAAGCGGUGGUGGAAGUUAAGGAAGUAGUUGACAUACCUGAGGAACCAGUUGUGAAGGUCACUAUGAAAAAGAAGAAGCCAGCUAAGAAACCUGAGGAAGUAACUGAAGUUGAAGAGGUACCUCUCAUCGAGGAAGUUAAGGAGGAAAUACCAGAAAUAGAAAAAGUUGAAGAUGUUGUCGUUGAAGAAGUCAUCAAGAAGAAGAAACCAAAGAGCUACAAAUUUAAAAUAACUGAAACAGAGGCUGAAGAAGUGCCUGAGCUACCGGUUGAAGAAAUACAAGAGGAAAUUGAAAUACCUAAACCACUAGAGGAAAUUGUAAAAGAUUUCCCAACAUACGAAAUUACUACAACAGAAAUAGAAGCUCAGAUUCCACAGCCCAUAGAAGAAGUUGAAGAAGUUGAAGUUAAAGAGAAAAAGCCUAAAAAGGUAAAGGUAGCAGAGACCCCCAAAGAAUAUGAAGUUGGAAUAGUGGAAGAAGUAGCAGCACCAGUUAUUGAAGAGGAUGACCAACCAGAUGGCGCAAUCUUCUCAAUCAAGAAGAAACCAAAGAAGCAGGCUCCUGAAGAAUUUGAAGCUUCCGUAAUUUUAACCGAACCAAAACCUGUGGAAGAAGUUGAAACACAAGUGGAAAUAAAGGAGAAGCCAAAGAAACCGAAGACUAAAGAAGAAGCAUCUGCCGUUCAUGAAAUUAAGAUUAUUGAAACGGAAAUUCCGAAGGAAGAAAUUUUGGAACAAGCUAUAGAAGUGGUAACAGUUAUCACAGAAGUGCCUGCUAAGGAGGAAGCUGCCAAAGAAUACCAAUUUGGCAUUGUCGAAUCUCAAGUUGAAGAAGAAGUUUCGCAGCCUGAAUUCACAGUUAAGGAAGAAGAAAUCAUUGAGAAGCCAAGAGAAGAGCCUGAAGCUGAGUUUGUUGUCAAAGAAAGUAAACCAGUGGCAGAAGUCGUGGAGGAAGCUAAGAUAAAGACCAAAAAGUCUAAAAAGAAGCCAACAGAGAUACAAGAAGUUGAAUUAAAAGUAAAAGCCACGGAGGAAAUUCCAGAAGAACCCACGCCAGUUGUGGAGGAAGUCAAAGAGAUAGUUGCCGUUCCUGAAAAAAUUGUGACCGAGGAAAGGCUCAAAGAAUAUUUUAUUGGUGUUAAGGAGUCUAUGCCAGAAAAACCUGAACCGGUAAUAGUUGAGGAAACCGAAAUCCCACAAGAACAAGAGGAAACAGUCGAAGAAGCGCCAUUACAAGAGGUAAAAGUUAUUACAACUACUCCGAAAGAGGAAAUAACUGAAGAGGUAUCUGUGGUUAAGAAAAAGGUUAAAAAACCUAAGGAAACUAAGGAAGGGCUCAAGGUCGAUGUAGUAGAAGAAGUACCAAAACCUGUAGAAGAAGAAGCGCAGCCAGAAAUAAGCGCUCCAGUCCAAAUUGAAGAGCAAGUAGAAGAACAACCGAAGGCAUUUGAGGUUCAAGUUACAGAAACAGAAACUAAAGAAGAAACCAUUGAAGAACAAAUUACCAUACCAAAGAAGAAAAAGCCAACGCCUAAAGUUACAGAAGAGCCAGAAGCAGAGGUUACAUUGACAACAACGAAACCGGUGGAAGAAGUGCAAGAAGAGGUUAAGAUCAAAAAGAAACCUAAGAAGAAGCCAGCCGAAGAAGAAGCUACAGCUGAACUUAAGGUAACGGUGGUAGAAGAAGCACCUGUUGUUCAGGAAAUCGAAGAAGUUGUGGAAGUAGUGGAAGAAGUACAACCUGUAACUGAAAUUGUUGAGGAAGAAAAGCCAAAGCAAUAUGAGUUUAAGGUAACAGAAAGUGAGGUUGAAAAACCAAAGGAAGAAGUUACUGCAGAAGAGGUUACUCUUCCACAGAAAAAGAAGAAGCCCGCGCCACAAGUUCAAGAAGAGCCUGAAGUUGAAGUUAAGCUGACAACAUUAGAAUCUGUUAAAGAAGUUCAAGAAGAAAUUAAAAUCAAAAAGAAACCAAAGAAGAAGCCAGCAGAAGAAGUGGCAGAAGUUGAACUUAAGGUCAGUGUUAUUGAAGAGGUGCCAGCUGCUUCUACUGUAGAAGAGCAAAUUGUGGAGGAAAAAGAAGUUAAACCCACACCUCAAGUAAUUGAAGAAAAAUUAGCAAAGGAAUAUGAAAUUGAGAUUAAGGAAAGUAAGGUUGAAAAACCAAAGGAAGAAGUAUCUGAGGAACAAAUAACACUUCCGAAGAAAAAGAAACACACACCUCAAGUAACUGAAGAACCAGAGGCAGAGGUUACAUUGACAACAACGAAACCAAUAGAGGAAGUGCAGGAAGAAAUCAAAAUUAAGAAGAAACCCAAAAAGGAACCUAAAGUUGAAGAAGCUCAGGCCGAGCUCAAGGUGACUGUUGUGGAAGAGGUACCUGCCGCACCUGAAGUUGUUGAAGAAAUUGAGGAAGUGGAAGAAAUUCAACAAAAACCGGAGGAAGAGAAACCAAAGGAAUAUGAAUUUAAGGUAACAGAAACUGAAAAACCAAAGGAAGAAGUUUCUGAGGAGCAAAUAACACUUCCGAAGAAAAAGAAACCAGCUCCUCAAGUCACAGAAGAACCGGAAACCGAAGUUAAAUUGAUAGCAAAGAAACCAAUUGAGGAGGUUCAGGAGGAAAUUAAAAUUAAGAAGAAACCGAAAAAAGAACCAAUACCAGAAGAAGCUGCGGCUGAACUGAAGGUUACAAUUGAAGAGGAAGUACCACAAGAACUAGUACAAGUGGAAGAAGUGGAAGAAAUAGAAGAAGUGAUAGUGCCCAAGGAAGAAAAACCCGAAGAAAAGCCAAAAGAAUAUGAGUUCAAUAUUAAAGAAACUGAACCCCAACCCGAACAAAUUGCCGAAGAAGAAGUUGCAUUGCCAAAGAAGAAACCAAUUAAACCAGAAGUAGUUGAAGAGCCUGAAGCGAAAGUAACAGUGAAACCUAAAAAUAAGGUCGAAGAAGUGGAGGAAGAACUCAAGGUUGUAAAGAAGAAACCAAAGAAACCUAAGGAAGAAGCGGCAGCCGAGUUUACCGUACAAGUUCAGGAAGAAGUUGUACCCGAACCUGUUGUUGAAGAAAUAGAAGAGAUCGAAGAGGUAUCUGUGCCUAGAAAACCAAAAGAUACAGGAGAAAGUGAAGAGGUUGAAGUGAAAUUGAAAAAACCUGUGCCAGAAGAAAUUCCAGAUGAUGUGCAAGUUGACGUUGUGCUCAAGCCGAAGAAACCUAAACAAGUUGAAACUGAGGAGUUCGAAGUCGACGUCCAAUUGCCUAAACAAAAGAAAACGACAGAAGAAACAACGGACGAAACAGUUGCACUGAAAAAGAAGAAGAAGCCCAAGCCAGUUGUUGAAGAGGCGGCUGAUGAGCUGAAAAUAACCAAAGAAGUCAUCGAAGAACGUCCAGUUGAAAUUGAGGAAGAAGAGAUUGUGGAAGAGGCGGUCGUUAUGCGCAGAAAACCGAGGAAACCAUUCGAACCAACCGUUGAAGAACAUGACGAACAAGAAUUUAGUUUGUCUUUGAAAAAACCUAGACGCAUAAACGAAGGUGUGACAGAAGAAGCAACAGUUUUGAAGAAACGUCCUUCACGACCAAUGGUAUUCGACGAAGCUGGUGCAGAACUAUCAAUCAAACGGGUAGAGGAAUACGAAGAAGGUGAAGAUAUCGAAGAAUUUAUCGUUGAGAGAGGACCAAAACCAAAACCAUUGGAAAUAACCGAAGAAAACGAACAAGAAUAUACGGUUAAGAAAUUGAAACGUCGCAAAAAGGGUGUAGAAAUACCCGAAUUUACCGAUGUUGAAAAUGUUACAUUCCGUCCUAAAACGACAAAAACUAAAGAAGAUGUCGAUCAAGAAUUCAAUAUUGCAUUGGAUCAAUAUGCUGAAGAAGAGAUCUCAAUGUCCGGCAAAGUUAAGUUGAAGAAACCUAUAACUAAGACAUACUCUGAAGCGGCUGAUGAAGUUAAAGUCAAGGUCUUUGAAGAUUAUGAUGAUGAUGAAGGCCCAAUUAUUGAAGAGAUACGAGAUGAUAGUAGUAUUGAAGAUACCAUGUACGAUGUGGAAGAACCCGAAGAAUAUCAAGUGGAAGAAUUGCCACCUGACGAUUUCGAUUUCACGAUUAAACCAAAAUCAGCUAAACCCAGAUAUUCGAUACAAGAUGAGGAAGAAGAGCAAUUCUUGAUUGGAAUUCGUCGUCCGAAGAGCGAUUCGGUAGAGUACGAUGAGGACUCGUUCACAUUCAAAAAGAAACGAAAGGUUGUGCAACAGAUUUUCAACGAAGAGGGCGCUUCAUUAAAUAUUACACGCGAAAUGAAUAUUGAAGAAACCGAUGACGAGAAUGCCAUGUAUUCCAUUUGCAAUUAUAUCGCCGACAACGACGAGGCAAUCAAUUUGGUCGAGGGUGAAAAGGUUUAUGUCAUCGGACGGCACAGUUCAGAAUGGUGGUAUGUGAAAAAGAACAUAACCGAAGAGGAGGGCUGGGUACCUGCGCAAUAUCUUAUGGAACCAGUCGAGUACCAGCAUUAUGUACAGAAGAAAUUACACGAGAAAAUCGACAAACUGCCAGUGUUUGAACGUCCCGGACCUGAAGAGAAACCUUUGGCACCACGUUUCAUUGAAAAAUUACAACCAAUUCAAACGCCUGAUGGUUAUACCGUACAAUUUGAAUGCAAAGUUGAGGGUAUACCGCGUCCACAAAUCGCUUGGUUCCGUGAGACUGCCAUAAUAAAGCCUUCACAAGACUUCCAAAUGUACUAUGAUGAAGAUAAUGUGGCUACAUUGAUCAUACGCGAAGUAUUCCCAGAGGAUGCUGGUAAAUUUACUUGUGUGGCUAAAAAUGCUGCCGGUUUCACUUCAUCCACAACGGAACUGAUUGUUGAAACACCGCUAUCUGAUCAUGGUUCCGAUGCUACGGGCUUAUCGCGCAAGAGUCUGUCACGUGAGUCAUCACUAGCCGAUAUACUCGAGGGCAUUCCACCGACCUUCUCACGCAAACCGAAAGCUCAAUAUGUUGAUGAAGAUACGAAUGUUAUAUUGGAAUGCCGUUUGGUGGCUGUACCUGAGCCCGAUAUUGUUUGGACCUUCAAUGGGGAGGAAAUCGAUGUUGAGGAAACCAAAAAUAUACGUGUUGUUACCGAAUCUGAUAUGCAUAUGUAUUGUAGUGUUGUACACAUUACGAAAGUAAAGAAAUAUCAGGAAGGUACCUAUGAGGUAAUUGCCACCAAUCGGGAAGGCGAAUCACGACUCCCGAUUAUUUUGAAAGUACGCACUGGUGACAAGGAACCACCACAAGUGUUGGAACCACUUCGCAACACUGUUGUGCGUGAGGGUGAAAGCGUCGUUUUGACCACACAAAUUGUGGGUAAUCCACGCCCUAAGGUGACCUGGUACAAAGAUGGCAAACCCAUCACGAAGAAUACUAAAUCCGACAAAGAUACACAUACUUUGACAUUGAUCUCACCGAAGGCGCCUGAAAGUGGUGAAUAUACUGUGAAGGCAGAGAAUCCAUUGGGCAGCGUAGAAACAACGGCUAACCUAACUAUUGAAGAACCUUCCUCCGGCAAUGCAGAACCGCCGUUGUUCGUCGAACGUUUCGAGGAACAAUCUGUGCCGCAAAAGGGCACAAUCCGUUUGCCAGCUAAGGUGACCGGUAAUCCAGUGCCUGAGGUGCAGUGGCUUUUCAAUAACAAUCCACUCUAUCCCUCACAACGUAUACAACAAAUGUACGAUGGUGAGAAUAUUGAGCUCAUUAUCAAGGACGCAAACCCCGAUACAGAUUCCGGUGAUUACAAGUGUAUAGCCAGCAAUCCGAUCGGUAAAACAUCACAUGGAGCGCGUGUUAUAGUCGAAGUUGAUGAGGUCACGUUCACCAAGAAACUUAAGAAAACCAUAACUAUCGAAGAAAUACAAUCACUAACGUUGGAAUGUGAAACCUCACAUGUGGUCACAACAAAAUGGUUCUUCAAUGCCAAAGAACUCAGUGGUAUGGAUCAUCGUGUAGUCGUCGAAGAUGGCAAAAUACAUAAACUCGUUAUACGUAAUACCAAUUUGCGUGAUAGCGGUACUUAUGUUUGCAAAGUUAAGAAUAAGGAGACCGAGUCGACAGUUGAAGUUUUGCCACGUAAACCUGAAUUCAUUAAAAUCCUCGAAGACUACGAAGUAACCGAAAAGGAGACUGCAAUUUUGGAUGUUGAAGUAUCCACGGAUAUUGCUGAAGUCGUAUGGUUUAAGGACGGUGAAAAGAUCACACCCGAAAAGAAGAAUGUAGAAUUCGUCAACGUGGGUAAGGUGCGUAAACUCAUAAUACGUGAAAUCACCGUACACGAUGAGGGCGAAUACACCUGUAAAUUAGACGAGCAGGAAUGCAGCUCUGAACUCACAGUCAUUGAAUUGCCGCCCGAAAUUGUGAAACCUUUGAACGAUGUUACCGUAACACAAGGCGAGAACACCGGUUUCGAAAUUCAAUUGAGCAAGGGUGAUGCGUUAGUUAAAUGGUUUAAGGAUGGCAAAGAGCUGCCACUCAACGGACACAUGCAACUAACGAUCGAUGGUAAGAAACAAACGCUAAAGAUCGUUGGGGCCAAACCAUCGGAUGCCGGAGAGUAUACCAUACAAGUGGGUCCACAAACUUCAAAGGCACAACUAAUCGUCGAGGAACCGUUGGUGAACUUCGUAUUGCCGUUGCCUGAUGUGACUAUCGCCACGAAGGGUACAGAUGCCGAAUUCACUGUUGAAUUGUCACAACCUGAUGUCGAGGUCACGUGGUAUAAGAAGGCGAAACCAAUUAAACCCAACAAGAAGCAUGAAGUAUUUGUUGAGGGUACCGUUAGACGUUUGGUUAUACACGAUGCUGAUGAUGAUGAUAGCGGUGAGAUUAGUUGUACCGCUGCUAAUGCAACAACAGCAAGUAAAUUGUGUGUUGAGGAAAUUCAAACAUUACCCAUCAUCACCACUGACAAGGACCAAACGAUUAAAGUUAAGGAGAAUGAUGAUGUUACGAUGACAGUCAAAUUUACAGGCACCCCAAAACCAGAUGCCGAAUGGAGUACAACAAAGAAUGUUGUUGUCAAGAAUAAGCAUUUAAUACCCACAUUAGAUGAACAAUCGGCAUCGCUUACCAUCAAGAAAGUGGUGGACGAUGACGAAGGUAUAUACACUGUAAGACUAAAGAAUCCAGUUGGCGAAGUGGAGGCCACGCUUAACUUGAUCAUAAUGAGAAAACCAACGGCACCUGGUGCACCGGAGCCAUUAGAGGUCACACACGAUUCUAUUACAAUCUUCUGGAAGGCGCCUGAAGAUGAUGGCAAAUGUGAAAUCACAGAAUACAUUUUGGAAUAUCAAGACGUGAAAGAGGAGAGAUGGAUUGAGAUACGGAAAAUCAAAGACACCACAUACACUAUCAGCAAACUGAAAAUCGAUACAGAGUAUGUAUUCCGUGCCAUCGCUGUAAAUGAGGUUGGACCGUCACCGCCAUCACCACUCUCACCACCCAUACGCCUUGUGGCUGAGGUGAAGAAGGAAAAACCCACAGUACAAGAACCACUACAAGACAUCGUAACCGAGCUGAACAAGGAGAUUACAUUGUCUUGUGUAUUCGGUGGCAUUCCAGAGCCGAAAGUGACGUGGAAAAAGAAUGGUAAGGUAAUUACAACAAAGAGCAUACGCUAUGAGAAUCGUGUAUCAAAGUACACAAUCGAGAAGACAACAAUUGAGACUGAAGCGACGUACACAUGCGUAGCUGAAAAUGAAAUGGGCAGCGUGGAGACCUCAUGUAGAGUUAUACUGCAAGAGAAACCGACCAUCGAUAUCGAUGAGAAGUAUCUUGCACAGAAAAUACGUGCUGGCACCACUUUGAACAUUCCGGCCACAGUACUUGGUUAUCCACAACCGAAAAUCACUUGGUAUAGAGAGACCAUCGAACAAACAACCACAACGGAACGUGUACAAAUCGAAACCACAGAAACCACCUCAACAUAUACACUCGAGAAGGUGACACGUGAAGAUUCCGGUCGUUAUAAGAUCACAGCGACGAACACUUCGGGUACCGCGACAACGGAAUGUACAAUACAAGUUAUUGAUAAGCCAAGUCGACCACAAUCGCUGGAAAUCAAGGAAAUGAAGAAGGACGCAAUCACAAUAGCAUGGACGCCACCAAUCGAUGAUGGCGGUCUCGAGUUGAAUAAAUACGUGUUAGAGAAAUGUGAUUUGCAAAAUAAUAUGUGGAUGAAGGUGGCCGAUUUGGAAAAAGACAUACACUCCUAUGCUAUACAAAAACUUUCCAUGAACGCUCAGUAUAUGUUCAGAGUCGUAGCAGCGAACCCGGUUGGUGAAUCUGAACCAGUUGAGAGUGACCCGGUAACAAUUACCAAGAAAUUCGAAAAACCAUCAGCGCCACGUGGUCCUACAGACGUCUUCGGCAUGACGGAUACAGCAUUUACGCUCUCAUGGGAACCAUCGGAAAGCGAUGGCGGCUCAAGGAUUAUUGAAUAUAUUGUCGAAAUCAAAGAAUUCCAUGAAACCGAAUAUCGUCUGCUCGGCAGCACGAUCGGCAACGUUACAAAUAUACUCGUUAGCGAGGUGAUAAAGGAUCGGGCAUAUCAAUUCAAAAUCUAUGCAAAGAAUGAAGUUGGCAUUAGUGAAGCUCUAGAGACUGAAGACAAAAUAGUUGUAGGCCGCAGAAUAAUACGUGCUUGGGAGAAAAUAGCUCCUCCAUCGCCUCCGCAAAAUUUGCGCAUUCCGGAUGUAACGAAUCGCAGCGUAACCCUCGACUGGGAAGUUCCAGCGAACAACGGAGGCUCAGAAAUAACUGGCUACUGUAUUGAGAAACGUUCGGCAACGUCGACCAAAUGGACAAAGGUAAUCACGUUAGACGCACACUGCCGCCAAUACACAGUGGAUAACUUGAAGGAAAAAUGCGAAUACUGGUUUAGAGUGUCGGCGGAAAAUGCGGUUGGAUUAGGUGCACCAGCCGUAACCGAGAGCGUCGCACUCAAAACACAUGCAACUGUUCCCUCGCCACCCACUGCGCCAUUGGAGGCGCGCGUAUUGGCUGCCAAUGCUCAUAUAUUUGAAUGGGGUAUACCCGAGUCAGAUGGUGGUGCGCCACUGCUCGGCUAUCACAUUGCCAUACGUGACAUGAAGAAGACCAUGUGGAUCGAAGUGGGUCGUGUACCGGCCGGUGUGCAAAGAUUCCAAAUACGUGAUUUACAGGAGAAUCAUGAAUAUAUGAUACGCAUAUUUGCAAAGAAUGAAAUCGGUUUGAGCGAACCACUCGAAUCGGAGGAGCCAUAUGUGGCUAUCACUGCAGGACAUUUGAGUUUACCUGACGAACCCCGCACAGAAAUGAGCUCAUGCAACACAUCGUCGUGGCUACGUGACCAUAAUAUGGAUGCGGAUAUACAUUCGUAUGCACGCGGUAAACUGCUGCGCCGAGAUGAAUACUUCUUCCGCAUUUGGGCCAAAUUGCCAAAGAGCAAAAAGAAGAAGAAUUCAAAAUAAUUAUAAAAAAUUGCGAUGCAUUGCAUUGCUAAUUUGCAUAAUUUGCAAAAAUUGUAAAAAGCAUAAUAGAGAAAACAACAAAGCAAUGAAAGCUUCGAAACUACUAAUUUUACUAAAUCACAUAAGUUAUGUAAUUACUGAUAAUUUUCAUAUUUAUACAGCAUACUUUCCUAUGUGUGAAUGUAUGUGCACGUAAUUGUAAUAGUUUUUUGAAAAUGUUUUGUAUUCAUUCAGCGAUUUUAAUUAAUUGUAAUUUGUUGAUUAUGUAAUCUCAUUGAAAAUGUGUUACAAAAAAUAAUCAUAAAUCAUAAAUAUUUACGUCCGAUAAUUGAAAUUUUUCUACAGAGGUUUAAAAAUGCGAGCGAAGAGAAUUUUUACAACCAAUGAAUUGUGAAGAAUUUUAAUUAAGGCGUCAAAUAUUAACAUAAAGGAUAUAAAUACCAAUUUUAGAAGACAUAAAAUAAUCGUAAAAAAUUUUGAAAUAUUUAAAAAAAAUUAAUUUCGAUAUCAUAUACUAUA